UAUACCUAUAUAUGUGCAAUGAAAAAGAAUGAGCAGGUAAAGCCUUCUGUACUUACUUGUUCUACUUUGACAGUGCUAUUUAAGAAAGCAUUAGGUAAUAACGUUAGCUAGCUAAAAUACUUGCGGUCAUGUCAACUCCCAAGAAACUGCAAUGUUGUUUGGCUUUAUUUGAUUGGCUACUAUAGUGAGAUUAGCUACAACAAACAUCUUCACUGCCAAUGAAACACGAGGACCACGUGUCCACAGAAUGUAUAUGUUAUUUCUAAAUAUGUGUUUGAAAGUUACCUUAAUCAGAAAGUUGUUGUCAUAUUUCGCAGUAGCAUAAAUAAUCACAGCUCACAAACCCCGACUGGAAGUAACUGAAUAUGAUGAUGCACACGUUUGCCGUACAAGUUUGAUAGAUUAUUAAUGAUUAAGUUAUCGGCAAUAAAACGUUAUUUUAGUGUCAUUAUUUAAAUAUCCAUCAUCGUUAUAAUCAGGUAACAAUCAAUGCAUCUAUAUAUAGAUCACUGGAUGACAGCCCACCCAUAUGUAACAGCUAGGAACAUUUACAAUUGCGUUGUGCAUGGUAGGACAUAAUUAGGUGAAGGACAGGUCUUCAUGGAGUAAAACGUGAGUAAAUAUAUACAUUUCUUUUGGCAUCAACACAUAGUUCUAAUGAGAUGUUUUCAUUAUAACUUCACGUACAAAUUAUUUGAUGAAUUAUUUCCAUGAUAAAAGCACGUUUUUAUAAGAUUGUCUCAUCAUUCAAAGCAGCUGGAAUCGACCAUCGAGAACAUUGACGUGAACUGACCAUGAAAAAUACACUUUCUGGAGAGAGUGAGGAGGUUCCAUCUGUGGACAAACAGUCCUUGGGCUAUGUAGUGGGAUCAGUAUCAGGCAGCUUGUUUCCAAAGGAGUCUACAUCCAGCUCCGGAUCGUUAUCUGCAUUGUUCCAAGCUGCGCCAGUAGUUGACACUCUGUUCUUUGUUCCUGCUCCUAAGCCUGAACCGAGGAGCGUGGAGUUGAAGGAAGGCGCGGCCACAAAAGUCCCGAACAACCAGAAACAAACAAAGAAAGCCGCAAAGGACAAAUCAGCUGCAGACUUAUGUCUAGAAAACAGAGAAAGUGCAUUACAAAAUGCUGACGAAGACGAACAGGUCCCAAAGAUGCCCAAGAAGACUAAAAGGAAAGCUGUUGAGAUGGGAGAAGGGGGUGCGACAGAGGAGGAGGAGAGGCAGACAAAAAAACAGAGGACUGGAGCCCAAAUUGCAGAGGAGAGGGUAAAGCAGAAACGAACAGUGUUUGUCGGCAACCUCUCUUCCAGCUGCACAAAGAAGACACUACAGCUUGUCUUCAAGGAUCAGGGAGCCAUUGAAAGCAUUCGAUUUCGAUCAGUGGUAAGAGAAGAUCCAUCUGUGUCACGCAAAGUAGCAGCUAUUCAACGCAAGGUUCACCCCAAGAAGCAGAGCAUCAAUGCCUACGUGGUUUUCGAAGCUGAGGAAGGAGCCGAGAAGGCAUUGGAAAGGAACGGCAUGGAGAUUGAGAAAAACUUUCACAUCCGGGUCGACAGGGUCUCCAAAAGUUCAUUGCACGAUCACAAGAGGUCAAUAUUCAUUGGCAAUCUACCAUUCGAUAUAAACGAAUUGCCAGUGCGACAGCACUUUGAGGAGUGUGGCAAGGUGGAGGGGGUGCGGCUGGUGCGGGACAAGAACUCUGGAAUGGGCAAGGGCUUCGGCUACAUCUUAUUCCAGAGCAUCGAUGCUGUCCAGCUGGCCUUGAAACUAGACGGCUUAAAACUCCUCGGGAGGUCGGUCCGGGUGAAGAGGUCAGUGAAGAAGGAGAAAGAGAAGAAGAAUGUGGUUUCCCAGAGGGAAAGAGAGAUUAAGGGUGCAGGGAAGGAGCCUACCAAAGGGGGAUUUAAGGAGAGACCGGGCCAGGGCGGUCCCCAAAACAAGUCUUCCGGGAGGCCGCAGGGGAAGGGGCCUCAAAUCAAAUCGAUGGGGAAGCCAUUCAAGAAAAGUCUAGGUGAGGCAACGAAAGCCCCCACAGGCCCCUCUUCCUUCAAAAGGUGAGAUGGCCGACCCAAACAGAAAAAAAGCAAAGGCGAAAGCACUGAAGAAGAAACUCAAACCGAGGAAAAGGAAUCAGGUCGUACACAUUUGAUGGUCUGUGCUUUGUGCCUUUGGAUGUAAAUUAAUUUGAUAUUGUUAAAGCAGAUAAAAUGUGUUGUACAAUUUACAUGUCAGUGGAGCUAUAUCAUGAGAUGGUGUGUAAGCGUUCCUGACGUAACAUCCAUGCCUACCCACAUUUCCAGUUGAAACGGUUGUUUUUUUUAGGUUGGGGCUAUCGCACCCAAUGUAUGUAAAUAUUAACAUGUACAGUUGAAGUCGGAAGUUUACAUCAACUUAGUUUGGAGUCAUUAACUAGUUUUUCAACCACUCCACUAAUUUCUUGUUAACAAACUAUAGUUUUGGCAAGUCGGUUAGAACAUCACUUUUACACAAGUAAUUUUUCCA